AGAAUCAAAGAUGUAUAUAAGUACCCAUCAUGGAGAAAAAAAUGAAAGACCAGAGAGAUUUGAUCAUAUUGUUAGUUCCAAAAAGAAAAAAAAAAACAAUAUGAAGAAUCUCUUUAUCUUCGUGAUUCUUCUUAGUGUAUGCAUCAGAAAUACAUUCGGAAUAAGUACACUCUUGGUCAAAAAUGAGCUGAACAAUAAAGUCCUUGGUGUGCGUUGUAGAUCUAAGGACGACAACCUUGGUGAUCAUAUUUUGCGCGUUGGCCAAAUGACCAAAAAUAAUUUUGAUGAUAAUGUUUGGAGGAGGACGCUUUUCUGGUGUAAUUUGUGGAAAGGACCUGAUUUUAAGCUCCACGUAGCGUUUGAUGCAUACAGAUCUCAAUGGAAAGCGGAUAUUGGGCCUAGGUACUUGUGGAUAGCAAGAGAGGAUGGGAUCUAUUACACACAACAUCCCGAGACACCUCCUAAAAAGAAAUAUGAUUGGCCAAAGGCUUAAACGCCCAAGGAUUAGGGUUUCAUAUUAUUCGUGAAGUUCACGUAUGUGUGUCUGAUGAAGAUCAUUUCUUUGUUUUUUUUCUUUUCUUUAUAAUUUGAAUAAAAUUGGUCACUGUAGAAAUCUGACUCUAAUGUGUGCGUAAGAAGUGUGUAACGCUCGGCGGUGGAGCUUAUGUUACAAUCCGUACUUCAUUAUUCUGUCUGUGAUAAGAAAUAAUAAUAAUUGAAUAUGUAGCCUAGUUUUAUGCAAAAGUUUUGAAUGUUUUCAAUUUACAAUCCAACUAAAAACGGAACAACAUCUCAAACAAUUUACAAUAAAAUCAAAGAUUUAUAUUCUUUAUCUC